AUGGACACUGCAUGGCAUCGCAAUCACACCACCCUUCCCGCGCUGGAUGAGGUGACGGCUUCCAUGCAGCUGGGAGCGGUGAGCAAAAUGAAAACCCAUGAGUCCAAGUAUCAAUUUCAGGAUUUCCGCGCUGAGAUGAUGGAGGACUUUCAUAAGAAGACCUCCUACAAGCUUGGCAGGCGCGGUCCAAAGUGA